UGGUAGAGGCCCAAGCCCAAAAGAAUGGAAGUGAAGGAAUGAACCAUGUGAGGCACGCAUCGAUCAGAGUUUAGGUUGCUGUUGAAAUGGCCGCGUCGCUGUGGAGAGCUCGCGCCGCCCUCACCAAUGCAUUUCGCCGUUUCUCCUCCGCCGCCGCCGAGGUUACAACCACCGUUCCUCGCGAUGCGCAUGAGAGCAUGAUGUUUUCCGAUAUAAACUCACAAAUUGGAAGCUGCAUGCCUCUGUCUUCGAUGCGAAUCGGGACAAUCAUUCACAACAUCGAGAUGAACCCUGGGCAAGGAGGCAAGCUCGUACGAGCAGCAGGAACCUGUGCAAAGAUUUUGAAAGAACCUACUUCAGCUUACUGUUUGAUCCAGCUUCCUUCAGGUGUGAAGAAGUUGAUUGAUUCUCGAUGCAGGGCCACUGUUGGUGUGGUGUCCAAUCCAACCCAUGGAGAUCGCAAGCUGAGGAAGGCCGGGCAUAGUAGGUGGCUCGGUCGGAGGCCGGUUGUUCGAGGAGUGGCUAUGAAUCCUGUUGAUCAUCCACACGGUGGUGGUGAGGGUAGAAGCAAGAGUAGUGGCCGUUGGGGUAAAGGAUCUCGCACUCCUUGGGGUAAACCAACUAAGGGUGGCUUCAAAACUGGACCCCUCAAGCGCAAAAAAUAGGUAGUGUAGAUGUACUUACAACAUUCACUCUUUCUGGUUUCAUGUUUCUAAUGAUUGUUCAAACUGUCACCUCUGUUCUAUUUCUUGGAAAAUUAUAUUUCUAGUUAUCAAAUUGAUUAAGUUAAGUGAUUA